AAAAAAGGCAUUCCUCUGCUGCUGUCAGUAUCAGUAAGUACAGAUUGUGUAUGAAUUGUUAUUAUACAAAGUAAGUAUACAAUGGCACAGAAUGGCAGGCUCUCGUUUAUAGCCGAAUGGUUUCAUGUUGAAGCCGGAAUAACACGCAGUUACCUAUUAACAUAUCAUUUAAACGACAAUGCCGUUGAGUUGUAUGAUCAGCGCAGUAAGAAAACCUUCUUGCGGCGCACCAAAAUGCCCGAGUUAACGCCUCGCGAUUUCUUUGUGGGUUCCAAAAUCAAUGUGUUUGGACGGCCAUUUGAUAUUGUGGACUAUGCGGACGAAAUAUCUCGGAAUACGUUGGCCAAAUAUCGCAAGCGCGGAUUUGUGCUGCUCAAGAGCAGCAUGUGGCCAAAGAACUUAGGCGAGUUUCUCACUACGCUCAUUGACAAUAAAAUCAAUAUCAACAACGCUCAAAUGGUUCAGUUUACACCGACAACUGUGACACAGUUCUUGGCCAGCAAGCAGGACGAUGAUGUGCACACCUCUGUCUUGAUGAACGAGCUGCUGGCUGGACCGGCCAUUAGCUUGGAAGUCAUAGGUGAUAAUGUGGUUGAGAUUAUAUAUGCCUGUUCAAAGUACAACACAGAGAAGGCCUCAACCAAAAUUGUAUUGUCGCCCAGCAUGCAGCGCUUGUUUGAGCGGGAGGAUGUGCGCUAUGGUUUCUAUUGCUCCGAGCGGGAAGAGAAUGUGGCCAAGGACUUAAAGUUCUUCUUCGAGGAACGUCACAGUAUUAUCAAGGAUUGCCAGUUCAAAAACACCACAUUGGCCAUCAUAAAGCCUCAUAUAAUCAAGGACGGAUUUUUAGGUCAACUUUUAAAAGAAAUCCUUUCAUCUGGCUUUAAGAUAACUGCCAUGCGCAUGCUGCUUAUGGCGCGUGUGAACUGCGAGGAAUUCUAUGAAGUCUAUCGCGGUGUCCUGCCUGAAUUUAUACCUAUGGUGGCUCAGCUGGCGAGCGGAGUAUGUAUGUGCCUAGAGAUAGCCAGUGAGGAUCCAGAAAAGAAUUCGCACCAGGAAUUUCGCAGCUUUUGCGGUCCAAUGGAUCCAGAAAUCGCCAAGCUGUUGCGUCCCCAUACGCUGCGCUCCAAGUUCGGCAGUUCCAAAGUGCUGAAUGGCAUUCACUGCACCGAUCUGCCGGACGAUACAAACCUUGAAUUGCAGUACAUGUUCAAGAUACUCGAAUGAUACCAAUUACUUAUA